AUGGCCAGCCCUUCCGAAGAUCCAUACCCCUGGCAAGAACCCGCAAAGCCCGUCUCAAGAGGUGCAUUUAUUGUAGUUGAGGGCCUCGAUAGAGCGGGCAAAUCAACUCAAGUGAAGAAGUUAUGCGAUAGACUUUACGCAGAAGGUCACAAUGUAAAAGCAAUUGGAUUUCCAGACCGAACAUCCCCAAUAGGGAAAAUGAUAUCCAGCUACCUGAAAAGUCAAACCGAAAUGGACGACCAUGCAAUCCAUCUUCUAUUCACAACUAAUAGAUGGGAGAAAGCACAAUGGAUGAAAGACCAAAUAGCCCACGGCUACACCCUAAUAUGCGACCGCUACUACUACUCCGGAAUUGUCUACAGCGCUGCCAAACAGCUCCCAUCACUAUCCCUCGCCUGGGCUCGCCAACCCGAAGUCGGACUCCCACGCCCGGACCGCGUCGUGUUCCUAGAUCUCGACCCUGAAGCGGCGGUUAAGAGAGGUGGGUAUGGGGAUGAGAAGUAUGAGAAGAGAGAGAUGCAGGAGAGGGUUAGGGAACUGUUUUUGGGACUGCUGGGGAGAGGGGGUGAGGAAAGUAGUGAUUUUUUUGUUGUUGAUGCGAGUGUAGGGGUGGAGGAUGUUGCGGCUAGCAUUUGGGGGGAGGUAGGAAAAGUGGUGAAUGCUGUGGAGGGAGGAAAGUGGUUAGAAUUGGGGAGUGUUGGGGCGUUAGAAGAAGAGGGUGGUUGA